AUGAUAAGAGAAAGAGUGAUAAUGGGUAUCCUGGACCACGGACUCAGAGAGAAGCUCCUACAAAUAGACAAUUUGACGCUUAGCAAGACAGAAGAUUUGUGCAGAAUACACGAACAAAGCAGAAUCCAGAUGGCGGAUAUGGAUAGUACAUCAUCAACCAGUGCUGUGGAUACCGUUGAUACGGGUGCACAAUGUAAUAUUCUCCCUGCCAAGAUUUUAAGAAUGGUUGCCCCAUCAGCCCUCAUCAAACCACAACAGAUUGAUCUAACAGCUUACGGCGGUGCUAGGAUUGAUGUCAAGGGAUCUACAGAGCUUAAUUGUAAGAUUCGUGGUGAGAAUUGUAUACUCAAAUUUUUAAUUGUGAAUGCUGAAGGUAGACCUAUUUUAGGCUUAAAGUCGAGUUUAAACUUAAAUCUAAUACAAACUGUUAAUAGCAUGAAUUACUCAAAUAAUUUACCAUUAUUUUCGUCAAAAGAAGAUGCAAUAAACAAGUAUAAGACUGUAUUCGAGGGUUUAGGAACAUUUCCAGGGGAACCUUAUAAAUUUACUUUAAAACCAGAUGCAAAUCCUUGUGUUUUUCCUGCAAGGAGAAUCCCAAAAAGUUUAUUGCCUGAAUUUCAGAAUUUAUUAAAUAGAUUAGAAAAACAAGGAGUUAUUAGCAAACAAACAGAACCUACUGAUUGGUACAUUAAAAGAGAACAUUUUCAAAUACCAUCAAUUGAUGAAAUUCUAUGUGAUUUAAACAAUAAAAAAUAUUUCUCGGUAUUGGAUCUUAAAGACUCUUUCUAUCAAAUUAAAUUAGAUAAAGAAACAUCAAAGCUCACUACAUUUGCAACACCUUUGGGUAGAUACAGGAUUUUGAGGCUUCCUUUUGGCAUAAACACUGCGGCUGAGGUUUUCCAAAGAAAAAAUAAUAUAAUUUUUGGGGGCAUAUUGGGUAACAAAGUUUUUAUCGAUGAUUUAAUUAUCUCAGGAACUACAGAACAUGAGCAUGAUAAAAUAUUAGAUAAAGUUUUAAAUACAGCUAGAAUAAAUGGUAUAACUUUUAACAGAGAAAAAUUUCAAUUUAAAAGAAAAGAAGUUAAAAUUCUGGGUUUUAAAGUUUCAGAAAAAGGAAUAGAAAUAGAUCCUGGUAGGAUUGAAGCAAUUCUAAAACUAGAAGAUCCUAAAAAUAAAAAGGAACUUCUAAGAUUUUUAGCUCCACUAAGAAAUUUGACUUGUUCUAACGUUGUUUGGAAUUGGGAAAAAAGUCACUCAGAAAGUGUUCAAACAUUAAAAAAUUUAUUAACCUCGCCCCCAUGUUUAGUACAUUACAAUGCUAAUGAACCUUUAACAAUUCAAUGUGAUGCUUCUUCAGAGGGAAUGGGUGCGUGUUUGUUACAAAAGGGACAGCCUAUUGCAUUUGCAAGUCGAGCUUUGACGGACUGUGAAAAGAGAUAUGCAUGUAUAGAAAGGGAAAUGUCUGCAAUAUUAUUUGCGGCUGAAAGGUAUAAUUUUUAUAUAUAUGGAAAAAAAAUUAACGUUCACACAGAUCAUAAACCCCUGGUAGAUAUUUUUAAAAAAGAUAUUAAUAAGAUUUCAAGCAGAUUGCAAAGAAUGCGUCUUAGACUUAUGAAAUAUCAGUUAGAAGUUUCCUAUUUACCUGGUAAACAAAUGUUUAUAGCUGAUAUGCUUUCUAGGGCUUUUUUGAAGGGGCCAGUAAAAAAUGAUAAAGAAAAUAAUUUUAUUGUACACAAUAUUGACAAGAAAAUACCUAUGAGUGCGAAUAAAAUAUCAGAAAUUGUAGGUGAAACAAAUAAUGAUACAACUCUAGCAUUAGUAAAAAAAUUUAUUGUACAAGGUUGGCCAAAAAAUAAUAAGAGUUUAUCUCCAGAGCUUAAAAAUUUAUUUCAAAUAAGAAGCGAACUUUCUAUUGAAAAUGAUCUGAUAUUAUUUGGUGAUAGAGUUGUCAUCCCAAAAAACCUUAGAAUUUUAAUGUUGUCUAAAUUACAUGAAGGACACUUAUGCAUAAAUAAAUGUAGAGCAAGGGCUAGGGAAAGUAUUUUUUGGCCAAAUAUUAGUAAUGAUAUUAACAAUUUUAUUUUAAAUUGUGAGGUUUGCCUUAAAUUCAGGAAUAACAAUCCGAAAUUGCCUCUUUUACAGCACAAUAUUCCAGAAAGACCUUGGCAAGAAAUUGCCAUGGAUAUUUGCUUAUAG